AUGGCUACGACACAAUUUGAUAAUGUGUAUCAUGGCAAUGGCAAGGCACUGGGCAUGAUCAGGUUCUCGCAAGCGGGUCUAGGCUGGAAGCCGCUGGACGAAGGGUCGACUGUGACGAUUCCUGCCGAUCAAAUGACUGCAUUCGCAUGGCUCCGGGUGGCGCGGAAUUUUCAGCUAAAAAUCAAGAUGAAGGGCGAUGGAGAGGGCGAACAUGUUGCUACAUUUGAGAACUUCCAGCGUGAGGAUCAUGCUAGACUGGAGCAAGUGCUUCGUGAGUGCUACGACAAGGCCCUGGAGACGAUUGAAAUAUCCACACGCGGCUGGAAUUGGGGCUCUGCUGAAGUGGGUGAGCAUGAUAUGUUGUUUUACGUGAAAAACAGGCUGGCAUUUUCCCUACCUCUAGCCAACAUUGCGAAUAGUAAUAUCGCAGGGCGCACGGAAGUAAGCAUGGAAUUCAUCAACCCCAAGGACCAGCGGCCGGAACAGAAUACUGGCGCUUCAUCUGGUGCAGAUGGUCUCCAAUUUCACGGAUCGAAGAAGAACCGACCUGAUCAACUUGUUGAGAUGCGUCUUUACAUUCCUGGUCAAGCUGGACGCGAAGAGGAUGACGAAGACGAGAACGAUAAUGGUCAAGAUAGUGAUAUUAAAAAGGAGCCAUCGGCGGGUGGUGGCGAGUCGAAACAAGCAACGAAGCGGGAGGAUGGAGACGAGCGAGCAGAUGACGAAGAAGAGGAAGAGGAGGAGGAGGAGGAGGAAGAAGAAGAAGAAGAAAGUGCUGCUCUUGCGUUCCACAAUGCCAUUAAGGCCAAAGCCGACAUUGGCCAAGUUGCUGGAGAUGGGAUCCUUGUGCUCAAGGAAGUGCUUAUUCUCACUCCACGUGGCCGGUACGACAUUGAUCUGUUUCCGACGUUUUUGCGUCUUCGUGGCAAGACGUAUGACUACAAGAUUCUUUACAGUUCUAUCACACAGUUGUUCCUUCUACCCAAACCUGACGACAUUCAUGUCCUGUUCAUCGUGGCACUAGAUCCACCGGUACGACAGGGUCAAACACGGUACCCUUUCCUCGUCUUGCAGUUCCCACGCGAGGAGGAAAUGGAUGCAGAACUCAAUCUUGAUGAGGAAACGAUCCAAACCAAGUACGAAGGCAAGUUGAAGAAGCGUUAUGAAGAGCCGACGUUCCGGAUCGUCACGAACCUAUUUCGUGUAUUUUCCCAGCAAAAGGUUCACGUGCCCACAGGUUUUACGAACAGCACCGGCCAAGAAAGUGUGCGCUGCAAUGUCAAGGCCAAUGAUGGCAUGCUAUACCCACUAAACAAGAGCCUCAUUUGGGUAUCAAAGCAGCCCAUACUUAUUUCAUACCAUGACGUGCAUCAAUUUGUGUUUAGUCGUGUCGGUGGUGCGAUUGCUUCGGCAAAGACAUUUGAUCUACGUGUUGAGCUACAACACGGCACUGACCACACGUUCCAGUCCAUCAGUCGAGAGGAACUCGAUAGCCUCAACAACUUUUUUGCUGAGCGUAAACUUCGUGUCAAGAACGAACUUACUGAUGAAGCUAUGGGUGUGGGUGCUGCUGUGGACGAGCUGCUUGGUGAAGAUGAUGAAAAUGUCACGUCUGGCAAGCGUGGCCGUGGUGACGAUGAGGAUGAUGACGAUGAGGAAGAAGAUGAAGACUUUGAAGCAGAAUCAGAGGAUGAUGGUGGAAGCCCCUCCGAAGCUUCGAGUGACGAUGAAGAUGGCGACGCAGUUGUGUCCGAAGAAGAUGAAAAACCAAAACCAAAAAAGCCACGGACAUAG